AUGCCUCCACGCAAAAGCAUGGUGCCUUCCUCAAAGAGGCGCCUCGAAAGCGAAAGCGAAAGCGUUGAUCGGAGCGUGACGUCAGACAUCGCGACGCCCGAUCCUGCCUCGAAGAAACGCAAGAUUGACUGGGCCACCAUCGACCAGAAGAAGGUCUUCCCGGGCUUCAAAUUAUAUCCUGCGAAGAUCAAGACGCCAAAAGCAAACAGGAAGCAGAAGACGCGAAAGUCUACCGGCGGCAUACCUACUACUGGUGACACGGGAGGAUACAACAAAGAUGAUCCGCUAGACGCAGACAUCGUGCAGAAGAACCCGUUCUCUGAAAGCCAGCUGAGUGAGACGCAUUAUGUUGUCAGGCCCGCAGCAGAGUGGGAGAGCACCCAACGCUAUCGGAAGUUCACAAUCAGCGAAGCCGAGUUCCAAGUCGGCCAGACCGUUUUUGUCUCCAAGACUGAGGAAGAGCAGGAUGCCUCUAGCGCCAUCAAGGACUGGAUAGGAAAAGUGCUUGAAGUGCGCGCGGGCGAUGCUGCUCACGUCUAUCUAAGGGUCUACUGGCUCUAUCGACCAGAAGAUUUGCCUGACGGCCGACAACCACACCAUGCCGAUGGGGAGCUCAUCGCCAGCAACCACAUGGACAUCAUCGAAGCGCUGAGCGUUAUCGACAGAGCCACUGUCAUACACUGGGACGAAGACCUGGAAAAGUCGAUGCCGUUUAAAGAUCAGCUAUUCUGGAGACAGACAUUCGACGUGGGCAAGCCAAAGGGCAAGCAGUUGUCGAAGCUGCGUUCAAUGUGUAUUGAUAAGGCACCCUGCAAUCCCGACGAAGGCGUCGUACAGUGUCCUUCCUGCUCCAAAUGGCUACACUCCCGUUGCCUCGAGGAACGAGCGGUUGCGGAUGCGCAGGCGAACAACAAGACGAAAGGUCCCCGCAAAUCUUCCAGUACCGAUGUCGAUUUUUCCGCAACCCUCACCACCCUCGGCGAAUUGGGACCUACAUACCUUACAGUCACCGACCACCGGCCCAAGCAGGAGCCCAAACACUUUAACGUCGACAUCAAGUGCCUGAUCUGUAACGCGCUCAUAGAAGGGGCCGCCGAUGAUCUUCCACCCGAGAACGUCGCAUACGACCCUAUAAUCCUGCCCUCCCGAGAAGCAGCGCCUGCGAAACUCGAAGACGCAGACUCGGUGAUUGGCAAAGAUGAAAACACACCGGCCCCCGCGAGCCCGGCAGCUGCACCUGGUGAGAGCACCACCGAGCCUACUCCCGAGAAGUACCCCAGGCCAAGCCUUGGCGAAGCUCCAGCGGAGUUGGUGGAGUCCUCGAUUGAUAUGACUGAGGCCGUUUUCAAGCCGGAGGACCAGACACCUGCUGCAGCACUUGUCAGCAAGUCUGUGUUCCAGUCUGGCUUUCGCUCGAUCAAGAGGUUGCUCUGGAGGACCGAGGCUGUUUGA